UGCAGCGCCCGCGGCGGCGCUCCCGGCACGGCCCGGGAUGGGCUCCGCGCACUCCGUGCCCGCCGAGAUGCGGGAGCUGGCGGACAGGACGGGCUUCACCUCUGAGCAGAUCGAGCACCUGCACCGGCGCUUCAAGCAGCUGAGCCAGGACCAGCUGACCAUCCGCAAGGAGAACUUUGACAGCAUCCCCGACCUGGAGUUCAACCCCAUCCGGGGCAAAAUCGUCCACGCCUUUUUUGACAAGCGGAACCUGCGGCAGGAGUCGGACGGGCUGGCAGAGGAGAUCAACUUCGAGGACUUCCUGACCAUCAUGUCCUACUUCAGACCCAUCGAGAUGAACAUGGACGAGGAGCAGCUCGACCGCUUCCGCAAGGAGAAGCUGAAAUUCCUGUUCCACAUGUACGACUCGGACCACGACGGGAAGAUCACGCUGCAGGAGUACAGAAAUGUGGUGGAGGAGCUGCUGUCAGGGAACCCCCACCUGGAGAAGGAGUCGGCUCGAUCCAUCGCCGACGGGGCCAUGAUGGAGGCAGCCAGCAUCUGUGUGGGACAAAUGGGCCCGGACCAGGUGUACGAGGGCAUCACCUUCGAGGACUUCCUUAAGAUGUGGCAGGGCAUCGACAUCGAGACCAAGAUGCACGUCCGCUUCCUCAACGUGGACACCAUCGCCCACUGCUACUGAGAGCGGCAGAAG